CUUUCUCAUGUAUAACUGCUUCCUUUUCCGUUUGGGUCAGAGAAAGGUUCGUGAUAUUUUCGUAUGAUUUUCUAGUAUCCACAUUAAUCCAGAAUGGUACAGCGGUUAACCUAUCGGCGACGCUUGUCGUACAACACAAGAAGCAAUAGGAGACGUGUUGUACGUACACCAGGUGGAAAAUUAGUCUACCAAUAUCUUAAAAAACCUAAGAAAAUCCCAAGAUGUGGACAGUGUAAAGACAAAUUAAGAGGUAUUCAACCUGCAAGACCUAUGGAACGUUCCCGUAUGUGCAGGCGUAAGAAAACAGUCAAACGUGUAUAUGGCGGAGUUCUUUGUCACAAAUGUGUAAAAGAAAGGAUUGUGCGUGCUUUUCUAAUUGAAGAACAGAAAAUCGUCUAUAAGGUUAUGAAAGCACAAGCUUCGUCAAAGACGAAGAAGACAGAGAAAUAAUUCUGUGCUUUUUAUUAAUUAAAUAAAAUUAAUAAAAUUAAAAUA